UCUUUCAUGAUGUGAUGGAAGGAUGUGGUUUCUUAAACACACAAAAUGUGCGUUGUUAAUUUUAUGCAUGGAUGAGGAAGUUUGUGCAAGUGAAUGAGAAGGGAGGUUCAGAGAAGGGAGGUACUUUUAUGCAUCUGUUGUACCACUUGAAAUCAUAAACAUCUUUUAUAAUAUACAAAUACACACACAUACAGGACUUUUAAAGCUCUGAUAACUGUGAGCACAGGAAAACAUGGAACAUUUUGGGGUCAGCACAAAAAGAAUGUCAUUUUGUGGGUAUCUUCUCACAGCUUUGAUCAUCAUUAGGCAGCAUUUUUCUGCUGCAGGACAGCCCUCUGUCCUAGAAGCUCCUACCCUGACCCAGGUAGCUGCGAGGGUUUCAUCUGUUGAGUUGUUGUGCCAGGCCCCUCAGGGUUAUGGUGGUUUUAUAUUUAAACUCUUCAAAGUACAACAGCUAAUAGACACUGUACAGCAUUCAAGCGAACAGCGAGAGGCUCGCUUUGUGCUUAGGGGAAACGAUACAGACAACAAGAAUCUGUACUGUUGUCAGUACCAGAACAGCAUGUACAGUUCUUACAUGAAGCCAGAGCCAAAAAUUUCCAUCUCGACCCCUCCACCCCCUCAUCUGGUGGUGGAGCCUUCUAGUGGUCAUGCUAUGCUUGGUCAGACACUGUCAUUCCACUGUCAGGCUCCACUUACCCCUCAGGAGCUCCCAGAGGCUUUCCUUUUGCUCCAGAGGGCUAGAGGAACCCCAGGCUCCAUGGUGGCCCCUGCCAAGCUGGUAUCCCAAUCCCAGCAGUCUCGCUUCAGUGUGAGGAUAAUAGCACAUGAGGACGGUGGGGAGUACAUGUGCCUCUACCAAAUCACAUUACCAAAGAUGGGACAAAUGAACUCUACAGCAAGUCAGCCUGUUUACAUAAAUGUGAUAGAGCUCCCAGUCCCCACUCUGUCCAUAUCCCACCACGGGGGUGAAGUUUUGGAGUGUGUGGGGUCACCCUCAUAUCCACAGGCCUUCUUCUCUUUAUUUAUUGUGGACACCCUGUCACAUUACGCGACCCAUCAGGCUUCCCUGACCCAACACAGUGCGAGAUUUCCCUUACCCACACGAUAUGAACACAACACAAUGUUUCAGUGUCAGUAUAGUGUGCAACUGGGCAACUCCUGGGCAUACUCCAAAAUGAGCAUCCCAGUGACUCUCCCAUGUAUUAAAGGUCAUCACUUAUGCACACCAUCCUCUGCAGGCAACACAGGGAACACAGACCUGGCACUCAUUGUUGGCUCUGUGUCUGCGGGUGUUCUGGUCCUCAUGGCGGUGUCACUCCUGGGCUUUGCCAUACACAGACAUGUCAAAGCUACGGCAGUGAGUAGGAGGCAAAGAGAACAAGAAAAACUCUGGAAUCAUGUUCACUCCAGAGAUCAUAUUGUUGACCUCACACUGCAGCGUGUUGACAUUGGAUCCGAGGAUUUUGGACGAGCCUUUAAAAGAAGACCCUCUGUCUCAGAGCCCAUCUACGACUGUCCCAUGACAACCUUCAUUAACCCCACCGUUUGAUAAUGAUCUAUGUAUGCGCUGCUUAUUUUAAGGCCAACAAUUUGUAUAUUUGUAAAAUAAUGAAUAAGUAAAAACAUUGUUUACUGUAGUUCUUUUAUUUGUUGUAGUACUCCCUCCAUCCACAUAUCUACUUAUCUCAUUUAUGGAUUUUUGUUUCUAUGUACUUUGCUGUUUAUUUAAAAGCUACAACAUUUUGUAUAUUUAUAAAAUAAUGCAUUAAUAAUUGUAUACAGUUGUUAUAUGGUAUGUAUUUUUCAGUGAGAUUUUGGAUGAAUUUCACUGUCAUUUUCAGAAGAGAUCUCUGAAAAGCCAGAUAUUAUGUGAGUCAUGUCUCAGGAAAGUAUUAGCAGUUUUUGAGUGAUCUUCUGCUGAACAAAAACGAAGGUUUUUAGAAGAGUAUCUCAGCUCUGUAGGUCCAUAUAAUGCAAGUAAAUGGUGGCCAUAAUUUUGAAGUUCCAAAAAGCAUAUAAAGGCAGCAAAAAAAAAAAUUAAUCCAUAAGACUCCAGUGGUUAAAUCCAUAUCUUAAGAAGUGAUAUUUUACUAUAAAUUCUCCUUCCUGCCCAGUAGGUGAUGAUAUAUCAAGUAUCAAUGUGAAGUAAUGUCAAUUGACUAGUUUUACAGCCCUUCCUUGUCUUGUGACCCGAGCAUUACAAUAUUUUAGCGUCUCUGAUUUAAGUUUAAGUAGUACAAAGGAUGUUGGUAAAUUCAAUUUAUAAUUUUCAAUUCAAAACUCCAAUGACUCGUUUGUGUCAUUACUCAAAAAUCUUCACAAAAGUCCCUGUGUGUAUUCUAUUAAAAAGGUUGACCGAAAAAUAUAGGUCUCAAAUAUAAGUAAAUAUAUCAUAUAGCGCCAAAACCCUGAAAAUUAUCAAGAUAUUUUUUUUUCUGCUAUUGCCCAGCCCUUUCAUCUAUUAUAGGAACUAGUUUGUUUUGAAAACUUUUUAGUGUUUAUUGUUUAGUGUACACUAGGGAAGUAAGAGUUUCAAGGUUUCACAAUAUUCCUCGGUUUUAAAACAGACGGUUAUCAUACCGUUGAAAUCUUCUCAUUGACGGUAUUGCAUGAAGAUAAAGACAUAUUUUUUCAGAACUUUUCUAUAAUCCAAAUUAGUUUAAAACAGACGGAAUCUGCGACAUUUACACAGAAUCAUAUAAACUUGGCUAGAUAAAAUAAAUCUUUAAAUUGCGCCUUCCUUAAGUUGGAUUUGACUGUCACUCAAUUUUAAAGGUGACAUGCAGGUGUCGCGAGCGCUGCGCAUCAUGAGCACUUCAGAAGUCCAGCACGAGCGGAGUGCAGCACGAGCGCAGCAUGAGUGCAGCACGAGCGCAACAUACAGACAUGUCCGAGCCUGAACCUUUAUUUCCGCCGCCACAGAAGUUUAAGUCCGCUGUCUGGGAUUACUUGGCUAUGUAAACGAACCACGAGGCACCAUCAACGUUGAUGGUUACCCAGUCUGUAAAGUUUGCCGCAAAAAAGUAUCGGCUCAGGCGGGAAACACUUAAAACCUUAAGCACCAUCUCCGUGAGCACCAUCCCACGGAAUUUGCGGAGACGAAUCGCGGAGGAGGGCGGGGCCGGGCCGGAAUGACGCAUGCCCGGACCCCAAUCAGCCUGAUGAGGCGAGUAAGGGAUAAAGGCGACCAGAGACGGCAGUUCGAGAGAGAGGGAGAACUACAGGCAGCUGCCCUGUACGUUUAUGUGUUUUUGUUUAUCAUUAAACUUUAUUUAUAUUGUCAA